UCAACUGGACUAGCGCACUGUAGCUAGUCGUUAGAGAGAAGCGUUGCUAAUUCUUUAGCGUGAUUUACUUUUGUAAAUAAAUAUAUUAAUAUCGUUUCUGUGCCCUGCAGCCUGCCGUAAACAGGAAACUAUGGCCAGUAAAAAGCAAGUCCAGGUCAGCGGCAGAACCCUGCAGUUUUUAACGGAAGCCUCCGUGCUGUAUAAAGACUCGUGUCCAGAGCAAGCGCGGUUCCUCAUGCAGAGGCAUCAGAGGAGUGCUCCUGCCCUGCCAGAGUCUGUGCUCUGCCCCUUCUGUUUCCAGUGGCGCCAGCCGGGUGAGUGCCAUGUGCGGGUGCGGCCCAAGCGAAGGCCAUCAGCACAGGUGAGGAAGCUGCUCAGGAAAGACGCAGCCCGCAGGAGACUCAGUGCAGAAGAAAGCAAAGUUCUCCAGAAAUUCAAAAAGGCCUCCAAUGUUCUGAUGGCCACCUGUCACGCCUGUAAUAAGACAUCCAGGCAAGUUGGAGUAAACAGGGAUUUUCUGGCUUCCUUUUCGAAGACCUAUGGCACCCCAGCGAGUACGAGCAAGCGCAGGACACCUCAGUCAGCGAACAAAUCAACUCCAAAGUCUGGGAUCCACGAGAAAACACCAGGCAGAACACCAGCGUCAAAAUCAUCCAACACCAGCAGCUCAUCAAAGUCAGCCAGUGGGAAGAAGUCCGCUUUCUCUCGCCUUAGGAAGCUCCUGAUGCUUGAUGAUAGCCAGAAGAGUAAGAAAGGGGGUCUGAAAGACUUCCUCUCCUCUUUGUGAGGGUCGUCAAUGUCACAGAAACCCCACAACGAUGGGCUCCGGCCUACUUUGUGUGGUGCUCCUGGAAUUAGGAACAGCUCUCAGAGUGGGGCAGAGAGGGACAGACUGGUCACUUCAUCAUGUACUACAUUGCCACCUUGUGGACCAGACAAGUAACUGCAGCCUGAAUUACAAAUUCCAGGCCCCUCAUAUUUCCAGCCUAGUCGCCCUAAACCGUAUGUGUUCCCUCUGGAGUGUCUUGGGAUCAUUCCUGUCCCAAUUAAGUUAAGGACCAUUUCAGCCUUAACAAAGGUUUUCAGUACGGCUGGUAGACCAAAAACACUGUAUCUACCAGAUAAACUAUUUUGUUUAGGCUAUUUGUUCUUGUUAGAAUAUUAACUGACUGCUCCCUGUUUGCAUUUGCUUCUUUGGGUCAGCUUGUUGGCCUCUAAGGGGGAAAGUCACUGUGGUUUCAGUAAAUUUUCAUUGAUUUGUUUAAGUUUACACCUUUGUAUGUGUGAUCCUGUUAUUUUCAGAUCACUACUACUUUUUAUAUCAAUGCCUUUGUAACAUUUUUUUUGUUUACUUGAUGCACGUGGUCAGGUCAAGUUAUGAUAACUAGUUAAGGGCUCCUAGUGGUUCACCAGUUGUUUACAUUUGAUGGGCUGUUUUUGCCCUGCAACUGUAUUGCACAGACCAAAGAUGUGUUGCUGUAUAAGUCAUGCUGAUGCAUCUUGUGGGUAAAUCAUUGAUUUUUAUUCACUUUACCACUUUGUAUUUUCAAUAAAUCAGUUGCAAAACAAGA